CUAUGCUUUACCAGUAGCAGUGCCUGCCCACACUCUCCUCUUCAGGUGUACCCGCCCACAAUGCUUCUUCCGGCGGCCGCCGCCGCCGCGGCUCGCGCCGCCACCCGCCUCGUCCCGCUCUCCCCAUGUCGGCGCAUAUCCUCCCUAAAGGUCCCGUGGAAGCGCGACCCCGUCCUCGACGCCGCCAUCACCCGCGACCGCCGCUUCCGCCAGGCGUCCCGCCUCGUCCGCGAGGUGCUCCUCUCCCCGGGCCGCCGCCUCCGCUUCCGCUACCUCACCAAGCGCCGGGAGAGCGUCAAGCUCCCCGUCCGCGUCCCCACCUUCCUCGGAAGGUACCCCACCCUCCUCUCCGUCUCCCCUCCUCCCGAGCCGGUCGCCUCGCCCUCUCCGCAGCUCCUCGCCUUGCUCGACUUCGCCUCCCGCCUCUACGAGCACCACGCCCCGCUCCUCGCCUCCAGGCUGGCCAAGCUCCUCAUGAUCUCCUCCACCCACGCCCUGCCCGUCACCAAAAUCGCUUCCGCCAAGCGCGACUUCGGCCUCCCCGACGACUUCUUGGUCUCGUUGGUCCCCAAGUACCCCGAUCUCUUCCGCCUCGUCGGCGACCCCGGGCCCGACGCGUCGGGGAACGCGUUCCUCGAGUUGGUUGCUUGGGACGGCAAAUUGGCGAGGUCGGUGAUUGAAUUGAAGGCUGACAAGGAGGCCGAUGUCGUCGGAAUUCGGCCCAGGUCAAACUUUACUGUUAAAUUGCCCAAGGGGUUCUACCUCAAGAAGGAAAUGAGGGAGUGGGUGAGGGAUUGGCUUGAGUUGCCAUAUGUCUCACCGUAUGCAGAUGCAUCCAGUCUUUGUCCGGGAUCCCCGGAGGCUGAGAAGCGAACAAUUGGUGUUUUACAUGAGAUGCUGUCUCUAACAGUCGAGCGAAGGAUGGCACUGCCGAUUAUUGGGAAAUUUUGUGACGAGUAUAGGCUACCAAACGCAUUUCCCAAUGCAUUCACGAGGCACCCAGGGAUCUUCUAUGUAUCGCUGAAGGGUGGAAUCAAGACAGCACUAUUGAGGGAUGCUUAUGAUGAGAAGGGGGAGCUUGUAGAUAGAGACCCAAUGCUUGAGUUGAAGGAGAGAUUUGUGGCAAUCAUGGAAGAGGGGCAUAAAAAUUAUUUAGAAGACUUGAAAAGGAAGAGUGAGGCACUGCAGAAAGAGUGGGAGAUUGCAGGUCAUGAGGGUGUAAAAUUAGCUGCAGAGAUGGAGGAACAGCUUGAGGAGGGUUGGCACAGUGGGUCUUCCGAAGGAGAUGAUGACACGGAUGAUGCAUAUGCACAGUAGGAGGCAAAUGAAGGCAGUGUUGUUAGUAGCUCUUGCAAUUCCAUUUGUCCCUCGUCAGUAUUGCUUGAAGAACUGGCAAAGGAAAUUGGCUAAUGCCCAAGUUUGUUCUUUCAUCUGCUGACUAUUAAUAUAAAGGAUGUUGAAAUUUGACACACUGUCGAUGACUGGACCUGGUUUCACUACAAGAUCGAACCAUCGGCCUGUUAUUCCAUGUGAUAGUGUCUUCUUAAUGUCCAGCUUGGACUUGCAGUGGUUGAGUGGGGGAUUCUUAAUAAAUCUCAAAGCCGGGAAGCCAUGAAAUCUAUCAACAGUGAGGAACUGGUUGAUGGGACGAGGCAUUCCAGAUGGUUGUAAAGGAUGCAUUUUUGAGCUGACAAUUUGUGAAAUAUCACAUUCAUGGGAUCGAAAUCUGGUUUUUGAAUUACUUCAAUGGAAUGGAACACAGGCUGCAGGAUUCGGCAUUCCUGAAGAGAAUCGUGGUGUAGUUAUCAGUCUCUAGGUUUAGACUGCGGGGCUCAGUCAUUGUGUUGGGGCUUCAUGCCGGUUAUUUUGUUGGGGCUGUAUGCGCUAACAAUACUGGCGCAUGUUUUGGUCCGGUCUCAUGCAAUGGAAUGGAACUAGAGGAAUCCCCUUUAUUCUAAAUUAAAGGAAUUUACUCCAGGAA